AGAUGCCACCUACUGGUAUAUUCUUCAAUGUGAAUGGAAAAGAUAUUAAAGAAGAAAAUGUGGAUCCCGAACUAACAUUGGCGUAUUAUUUGAGAAACAAGUUGGGUCUUCGAGGAACAAAGCUAGGUUGUGAAGAAGGUGUCUGUGGAUCUUGUACUGUUGUUCUUGGUACAUGGGAUGAUUCUCUUAACAAGGCAGUCUACAGUGCAGUCAAUGCAUGUUUGGUCCCAUUGUUUCAUGUUCACAAGACUUUUGUGAUUACUGUGGAAGGAGUUGGAAGUCGGGAUAAGAUUCACCCGAUUCAGGAUAGAAUGGCUAGAGGACAUGCGGUGCAAUGCGGCUUCUGCUCACCCGGAUUUGUAAUGUCAGCAUAUGCGCUCCUCCGUAAUCAUCCGAACCCUACGAUUGAACAAAUAAAUGCAGCGAUCCGAGCUAAUCUAUGCAGAUGCACCGGAUACCGACCGAUUCUUGAAGCUCUUUACAGUUUCUCGUCAAGUGGUGGAGGAUGCUGUGGGGGUAAAAAAGCUGGAGCAGGAUGUUGUAAAGAUUUAAGCAGUGAAGACGAAGCGUAUGAAAAACUCACUUCGUUCAAUGAUUUCCCAGAAUAUGAUCCCUCGCAGGAAAUCAUUUUUCCGCCUUCGCUCAGAAUCUUUGUGGACUCUGAAAACCCAGUUACACUUAAAGGUGACAGGAUUGAGCUUCUACUACCAAAAAGUAUUGAGCAAUUCAAAGAGUUCAAAAAAGAUCGAACCGUCAUUUCUUCCGGGCUUAUAACUAGAUUUAUAGCAACCCGUAACCCAAAAGAGUUUUCUCAAAAGUGGAUUACAACCAAAUAUGUGAAAGAGUUUAAUGAGGUCAUUGAAAAUCCAGAAACCGUGGUGAUUGGUGCUGCGGUAAAUAUUCAGAAAAUGUCUGACAUCCUCUCCAGAUCAUUAAGCCAAAAUAUCGGGAAAGAAGUCGAUGCAUUUAUAAAAAAAUUCUCCUCUCCACAGAUUGCAAAUUUUGCUACCUGGACUGGAGGUAUCGUUUCUGGAGCCAAAUCUUCAAUAUCUGUUAGCGACUUGCUGCUCCUGUUCAAUGUGCUCAACGCUAAGCUAACUUUGCUCACCGAUUCAGGAGAUCUCACUCAAGUGAACAUAGAAGAGUUCGUAGAGAAAAAGUUGUUCGCUACUAACACAAUAGUCAAUACCGUCUUCUCAAGUUCUAUUACUGGUCAACUUUUCUGCCUGAAACUCGGCGAAACCAGCGAACAAGAUUCCACAAGCUUCAACUUUGCUGCUCUUGUUGGAAACAACAUCAGCAGGAUUUUCGUUGGGCUUGGCGGUCCACCAAAGCGGCUGACUUCCUUGGAAGAACAUAUUUUUGCCCUGAAAAAUUUGGAUGUGCCUGACCUUUGUAAAACGAGUGGGAUGGGUGAGAACAAAAAUAUAAAAAUUGCUCUCACGAGGCUCUCCAAAUUUAUGAAAAACGUGGAAAAGACAGCCGAAACAGUUGAUGGAUUAAAUUACCUUCAAUACUUCAAGCCAACUGAACGCAAAUCCGUUGGAAGGCCGCUUGCCAACUAUUUUAACGAGCGUGCAAUUACAGGGGAAGCUCUUUAUGUGAACGACAUUCAAACAUAUAAUCCUGUUCAUCUCGGUUUUGUACUUUCUACAGUCCCGCAUGCUGAAAUACUUAGUAUAGAUGCUACUGAAGCAUUGAAGCUUGAAGGUGUUGUCGGUUUCUUUGGGGCUUCUGAUGUACCUGGAAAUAACUCGCCUGGUCUUCAAAUUUCAAAUAUGAACCUUCCAGACGACGCUACUAUAUUUGCCGAUAAGAAAGUAGAAUCGGUUGGUCAAGUGGUCGGAGUGAUCGCUGCGAACGAUGUUCUUCUGGCGAGACGUGCUGCAAAAUUGGUUAAGUUGGAGUAUAAGGAACUACCAGCAUUAGUUGAAUUGAAAGAUGCUAUCGUAGCAAAAUCACUGCUCGGAAAAGUUCGGCAUUUUGGGAAAAGUGAAUAUUUGGUCAAUGAAAGUUUGGUACAUUCUUACAAAGUUUUGGAAGGAGAAUCAAGCCUUGGUAGUCAAGAACACUUUUACUUGGAGACUCAGAGCAGUUUGGUGAUUCCAGGGGAGGGUGAUGAGUCGAUUGUGCACUGCUCAACCCAAGGAACAAGUUUCACUCAGCUAAUGGUUGCCGAAACAAUGAAAAUCCCAGCACACAAGAUCAUCGUAAAAACAAAACGAAUGGGUGGUGCAUUUGGUGGGAAGUUGAAUAAUGCUUCCUGGAUUGCAUGUAUAUGUUCAGUUGUUGCAAAGAAGCUCAAUCGUCCAACUUACGGGUAUCUUUCGAGGGAAGAGGAUUUGGCAAUUACUGGGAAGCGGCAUGGGGUUUAUACAAAAUAUAGAGUAGGAAUAAAUUCCGAUGGAAAAGUACAAGGAAUUCACCAUCAGGCUUGGCUGAACGGCGGAUGGUCUAAAGAUCAUACAGAAGGAGUCACAAUGGUUAUGGGUCAAUUUGUGGAUGAUGUGUAUAAUAUGGGAACCGUUCGAUAUGAUGGAUACCCGGUUAAAACCAAUACGAACAGUAAUACUGCUUUUCGAGGAUACGGGAAUCCACAAGCGAAGCUCGUUAGUGAAGGCGUGAUGAGAAGAAUUGCGCGGGAAGUUGGGAAGAGCACGGAGGAAGUUAAGAAACUGAAUUUCGCAUUCGAGGGAGAAAAACGGUACCUCAGUGGGAACAUUUACAGUGAUGCACAUAUCGAGUGUUGGGAAUAUUGUACCAGAUGGAGUGAUUUUGAAAAGAGAAAGGAAACUAUUGAAAAUUUCAACAAAACAUCAAAAAUUGUAAAGAGAGGAAUUGCGAUGUCAUCAGUCCGUCUGGCACUUUCCCAUCCUGGUCCACCAGGGCAUGGUGUAGCGAGUCUUAUGAUCAAUCUAGAUGGAUCUAUUCAGCUAUCAAUUGGUGGAACUGAGAUGGGUCAGGGACUCAAUCAGAAAAUGCUACAAGUCUGCAGUGAGGCGUUGAAGAGACCAAUAGAUACCAUCACCAUUGUUGACUGCAGCACUGACAAAAUAACGAAUGCUCCGGAAACAGGGGCAAGCCAUAAUGCAGAUACAAAUGGGUUGGCAGUUUUGGCAUGUUGUGAGAGGAUAAUGUCUAGACUGCAACCGAUCAUUGAUAAGAACGAUGGUGAUUGGGAAAAAUCAAUUCGAGAUGCAUAUGGAGCCUAUGUUCCAUUGCAGUGCACAGAAUAUGGAUCGGUUGACCGGGAAAAACUCAGCAUUGGUGAGUUUGAGUACCCUUAUAAUACAACAGGAGCCUGUGCAGUAGAAAUGGAAGUCGACACAAUGACUGGAUACAACCGUCUGCUCCGUGUGGACAUUGUCAUGGAUGUCGGAGAGAGCUUGAAUCCUGCCAUCGACAUUGGACAGAUCGAAGGAGCAUUCAUGCAGGGAUACGGGCUCGUCACUUGUGAAAAAAUAACUUUCAAUAAAGAAACUGGACAACUGAAUCAAAACUCGGCGGGACAAUACAAAAUACCGAAGUCUAGUGAUGUUCCGAAAGACUUUAGAGUGAAGCUCCUGGGUAUUAACAAGGCAAAUGGAGCAAAAGUAUACUCAUCAAAAGGAAUUGGUGAACCACCACUGAUGAUGUCAUGUGGAGCUGUUCAUUCGUGUAUUAUGAAUUGUAUUGAUGAUUGGAGAAAGGAGAAUGGAAUCGAUAAAUUUGUGGAUACAAUCUCACCACUCAGCGCUGACAAGAUUCAAGAGCUCUGCUCGUGUAAUAACUAAUGAUGUAUGUUAUUCUUCGUUUUCUCAUGUUCAAAAUAGUUAACAUUUAUUAAAUAAUCAGUAAUAACACACAUAAACUAUCUGACGUCCGGAAAUCAUUGACAUCACAAUCAUUUGAAGAGUAAAAUAACAAAAAAAAAC